UUCGAAGCAAGCUCCUCCAUUGCUCUGCCCGCUUCAUCUUUUCUAUACGCCGCCACCGUUGCAAUGGCCUCCGCCCACAGUCUGCCCCUGCAGACUCCGUCGCACGUGGUUCUAGUCGCCUUUCCUUUCGGCACCCACGUAGCGCCGCUCCUGUCUCUCGCACGCUGUGUUGCCGCUGCGGCGCCUAGCACCACGCUGUCCUUCAUCACCACUCCGCAGUCCCUCGCUUCACUGCCUCCCGUCCCAGCUGGCAACAUCCAGCUCGUCCCCAUCUCCGACGGGGUGCCGGACAAGGCGGAUCCUCCCUUGGGCGAACAGGAGAAGAUAUCGAUGUUCCUGGCAAUGAUGCCGGGGAGCCUUCGGGCGGCGCUGGAUGCCGCGGUGAAGAAGGCCGGCGGGGAGGCGGUCAGCUGCGUGGUGAGCGAUGCUUUUUUGUGGAUGGCAGGGGAGGAGGCAGAGGCGGCAGGCGUGCCUUGGGUAACCCUGUGGACCGGCGGGCCAACGUCGCUUUUGGCACACCAACACACCGAUCUUCUCCGCGACGCCAUCGGCACUGGUGAACAAGCCACCGCACAGCAAGAUGAGUCGCUUGGCCUAUUCAUCCCUGCUCUGUCGGCGCAUCGAGUCCGGGAUCUCCCCGAGGGCGUCGUGUCCGGCCCAAUCGGCUCCCCGUUCUCGCGCCUCCUCCACCGAAUGGGCAAGAGCCUCCCUAAUGCCGCCGCCGUCCUCCUCAACACCGCUCGCGGUCUCGACGGGGUGAUUGACGCCGAGCUCGAAGUCAGCAUUCCCCAUCACCUGCACGUAGGUCCCCUGCACCUCCUCGCUUCGCCCCAGGCGCUUGCAAACCUAGAGCCAGACAUUAACGGCUGCCUCCCGUGGCUUGAUCUCCACGCGUCUGCUAGCGUAGCCUAUGUCAGCUUCGGCUCCGUCAUGACCCCGGCGCCGGCGGAAUUAGCGGAGCUGGCGCAGGGGGUGGAGGCCAGUGGGGCGCCGUUCCUCUGGUCGCUCAAGGACCAGGCGAGGGAGCUCCUGCCGCAGGGUUUCUUGGAGCGGACAAGGGAAAGGGGGCUCGUCGUCAGCUGGGCGCCGCAGCAGGGCGUGCUGCGGCACGCGGCGGUCGGCGUUUUCGUUACUCACUGUGGCUGGAACUCGGUGCUGGAAGCGGUGGCUUCCGGUGUGCCGAUGAUCUGCCGGCCGUUCUUCGGCGACCAGAGGCUGAACGCGAGUACCUUGUCCCUCGUCUGGGGGAUCGGGGUGGGGUUUGAAGGCGGAUCGAUGACGAAGGAAGGGGUGGUGGGGGCGCUGGAGACAGUUCUGAAGAGCGAGGAAGGGAAAAGAAUGAAGUCGAAGGCGGGAGAACUCAAGGCCACGGUGGCUAAGGCGGUGCAGCCUGACGGGAGCUCGCCGGCGAACUUUAACAAGUUUUUGGACUACGUAAUCGGUGCAAAAUACUAGAAAAAAAGGGAGCCCUGCCCAAUAAAUUUCGACAACGCUUUCGUACAAUCACAUGGUUUGGAUGGCUGAAUCUCGAUCGUCUGUGAUCGAAUUGAGAUUCAAUUGUGUGGCUAUUAAUUAUGCUUUUCACGUCGUGCGCUACUAUGCGAACUUUGUUGGUAAUGAAUAAAUAGACUUUGAUUAA